AUGGCAGACAAGAUCUCAAUCACCAUCUGCGGCGACGGCGGGUGCGGCAAAUCAUCCAUCACCCUACGGCUGGUCCGUAGUCAAUGGAUUCACGAAUAUGACCCUACUAUCGAGGACUCGUACUCGGUCACCCGGACGGUCGAUGGUCUCCCGUACUUCCUUUCGAUCACCGAUACAGCAGGCCAGGAGGAAUAUCGCGGGCUAUGGACGGCAUCCACUGUGAAAUCGGACGCGUUUCUGCUGGUCUACGACAUUACGAACCCCUCGAGCCUGGAGACCCUGAACUACUUCAUGGAUAUGAUCAACAUGGAAGCUGAACAGCGCGUCGAGGACAACCAGCGACUACGAAGGGAACUCGGUGCCGGCGCUGCAGUAACCCCGGUCGGCCUCCCGCCGCCGGUGAAGAUCGUUGCGGGCAACAAGUGCGAUCUGAAAGAUGCACGCGCAGUCACAUCCCGACAAGGGCUGGAAUAUGCGCGCAAGAAUGGCUGCGGGUUCAUGGAGACCAGCGCGCGCGAGAUGGUCAAUAUCGAGGAGACGUUUGCUCAUUUGAUCCGUCGCGUAGUCGAGGCGCGCCGAGUUCACUAUCAGCCGGUUGUGAGUGCACUGCGACCGCCGUCGCGAGCUGGACAUUCAGUUCACACAACAGCGCUGCCACCGACCACUGCGGACGCCAGUAUCGUUGGGCGCGGGGCUCGGUUUCGGCCAAGUCGGUUUUUCGCAUUUGGGAAGGACCGAAAAUUGACCGAGAUCACGGCUGAUAUACAGGAAUGUAAAAAAGAAGCGAUCGAGGAACCGAAACAGAGCGUGCCGAACCCCGAGGACGAUGAGCCGCGAGGGCGUCUGUGCCGCCGGCUAUGCUGCUGGUGUUGA